GCCGCCGAAGCCCGAUAAUAUACUGUAUCCGCCACUGCCGCCCAAACCGCCACAGCUGCAACAUGCUGAUGCCGCGAAUGUAGAGCAUCACGACCCUGUUCCCGCUCCUUCAGGUGUUCCGCAGUCUCCCGUACCUCUUGUUUCCGCGUUCACCUCGCCCUUACCGCAAUUCAGUGCUGCUGCGAGCCCGUUGAACGAGGAAGAUGACCAGCUGGCUCGCGCUCUGGCUUUAUCGAUGACUGAGCAGGGUCCGGCAUCCCAUCAUGAUGAUGAGGAUGAGGCGUUAGAGGCUGCAAUGCGCGAAUCGUUGCUCAUUCAUCAGGCGGCCAGCGGGCCACCGUCGGCUCACGAUGACGACGAUGCGCCGACACCAACGGCGUCUGCUUGGUCUGGCUGGUCUCAUAAGGAUUUACAAUCUACGCCUGCAACCUCGUCAUCAUCACACGAAAGCCUCUCGAACGGUCCAAGCUAUGCAAGCUCGCUUGCUCCUAGCAAGAGCAAGUUAUCACAAAUCGAGGAGGAUGAGGCGUUUGCGCGCCAACUAGCACAAGAGGAAGAGCAAGCUGUUGCUGCUGAGCUUUCGGCAAUGCAGGCAAAGACGGCCGACGCAUCAUCCUCUACUGUAUCGUCUCCAGAGCCUCCGCCACCCUGGACGCCUCCAGAAGCCGGCCCUUCUACGCUGAGCGCUCCAUCGUCCUCCCCCUCACUAUCUUCACUCCAUGAUCGCACCCCUUCGCCGGUCCGGACACGGCGUCAUUCGGAGAGCCCGAACAACGUCCGUCCGCUGCCACGGCCCAACAGGGCUUCCAUGGCUAUGCCCUCACCGCCCUUGCCUAACACACGACCUCCCAGCGUGGACGUCGCGUCCCUUCAUCCACCUUCGUUGCCGAGUACGCGGCCGCCCAGCAUGGACGCCAUGUCUCCCCCGCCGCCUCAAUUACCAACAUUGACGCGGCCCACGUCUGUGGUGAGCGCGUCGGAGCUGACUGGCGUGAACGAGUUGUGGUUAGAGGAGGAGUCGCCUACCCUCCUUGAGCCCACUCCAGCGCCAUCGGCGAGGUUCAUCGAUCCAGAACUCACCCGCGGCAUAUCGAUGAGCUUUGCGGCACCGAACCUGGCGGAGAGCGCACUGCCUGAACUCGCGGUCCCGGAUGUGGUAGAACUACCCUACGGGAAGGCAGCACCGAUGCAUAUACAGGCGCCAAGCUGGCGGCAGAUGCUCAAGCUGUUGGCUAGGAUGAGCGGGUCUAGGAUAGAGCCUACCGUCGAAGCGAUAGCUCAAGUCAAAGACGGCAGUGGCUUGCGGCUCAGAGCGGUCGUGCAGUUCGUGAAAGUUCAUCCAGCAUCACCGGACUGGCGAACGAUCCUCUAUCUGACCAUCGAUCAUGAUGUACCUCCAUCAACGCCGAACGCGUGGCGAUUCACGAACGGCGACGUCGGGACGCUCCCGUUCUCGUACACGCUGUCCACGGUCCCCGCCCUCCUUCGGGACAGCCCGGACGCGCCGCUCGCGAAGUGGUACGCCGUGCCGGCGACGCAGAGGCUGCCGUACCCGACGCUUCCCAUCGAGUUUCCCGACCUUGCGCUCUACCUGCACGCGGCGCUGCAGGAGUCAAGGAAAGCGAUACACGACAGCUCGAGCGGGAUGCGCCGGUUGGCGCGCAUGGUGGACGACUUUUAUCCGAAGGAGAAGGAGGUGGACGAUCUCUCGCCGAAGAAGCCGUUCUUCAGGCGGCUCAUCGGGCGGGGUAGAAACAAGGAGGGCGGGAGGAACCAGGACACGUACGAGCUGGUCACGCCAUUUAUUGCGAGCGAAUGGGGCUAG